AAAGUGGAGAGAUUGCUGCAGUCAUUUUGCUCCUCUUUUCUGUACUUUUCACUAUAUUUAUACAUUCUUUCUUCACUCAGUACUGAAGCAGAAUUUACAACUCAACCAGUAUCAGUGAAUACAAGUCUCAAUUCAACUGUCACCUUUACUUGUGAAGCAACUGGAGCAUCAUUGUUAUUUUAUUAUGUUGGAGAAAUGCCUGCAGCUGACAUUGUUAAUGCUAAAAGAGGAUUUAUUGAAUUAAAUCAAGAAACUAUUAAUGAAACUAUAAGAAGACGGCUAUCAGUUCAUGCAAGAGAAAUUAAUAAUAAUACUUAUGUGUAUUGUGUUGCUUAUCCUGGUGACACUAGAAGUGACAAUGCUACACUAACAAUACAAGGUCUAUUGGAUAGUGUUGGUGAUCUGGAUUAUACCUUUAUUAAUGGAUCCAGUGUAUUAUUAACAUGGACAGUUCCUUAUACACUGGAUAAUGUACCUAUCACUGGAUACUAUAUAGUCAAUGGAUCAGUAAACAUUACUACUACUAACAAGAGUAUUAGAUUAUUAGCUACUAAUCUUGAUCCUUGUAUAUUAAAUAAUAUAUCA